AUGAUGGAAGCGCCCACGCCGUGCUCCAAGAAGAGCCUGUCCCUCUCGUUGCCGGUGCCCCGCGAAGGACAAGCGACCCUGAAGCCUCCGCAGCACCUCUGGAGGCAGCCGCGCACCCCCAUCAAGAUCAAGCACCGCGGCUACUCGGACACCGACCGCCACCAUCACCAACGGCACAUGGAGCGCUCGGACGCCGUGGACACUGGCGACCGUCCCGGGCUCAAGAAGUCCCGCAUGUCGUGGCCCUCUUCCUUCCACGGCACAACGCACACGUCCAUCGGGAACUGUGGCGGCAAUAGACGCUUUGAUUCGGAAAAUGGCCCAUCACCGGGACGUAGUCCGAUGGAUUCGCAGGCGAGUCCUGGCUUGGUGCUGCACCCUUCUUUCCCCCAGAGCCAGCGCAGGGAGUCCUUCCUCUACCGCUCCGACUCAGACUACGAUACGUCCCCCAAAACCAUGUCACGCAACUCCUCUGUCAACAGUGAGGGGCAUGCUGAAGACAUGAUCGUCACCCCUUUCGCUCAGGUGUUGGCCAGUCUACGAUCUGUAAGAAGCAACUUCACCAUCCUCGCCAAUGUCACCACCCCCACUAACAAGAGGUCUCCCGUUACUAGCCAGCCCACCGUUCCACAAGCUACCCUCUCUGAGGAGACAUACCAGCAGAUGGCGCGAGAGACUCUGGAAGAGUUGGACUGGUGUCUGGACCAACUGGAGACCAUUCAGACCCAUCGCUCAGUCAGCGAGAUGGCCUCCAACAAGUUCAAGAGGAUGUUGAACAGGGAGUUGUCCCAUUUGUCAGAGAUGAGUCGCUCAGGGAACCAGGUGUCCGAAUACAUCUCCACUACCUUUCUAGAUAAGCAGAACGAGGUGGAGAUCCCUUCCCCGACCUUAAGGGAGCGGGACAAGCCAAUGUGUCACAUCAGCGGCGUGAAGAAGCUCACACACAGUUCCAGCCUUUCAAACUCCACAUUGCCUCGCUUCGGCGUCAAGACUGAACACGAGGAUGCGUUAGCCCGAGAGCUGAAUGACUUGAACAAGUGGGGCCUUAAUAUCUUUCACGUGGCAGAGUUUUCUAACAACAGACCCCUGAGCUGCAUUAUGUUUGCCAUCUUCCAGGAGCGAGAUUUACUGAAGACCUUUCGGAUCCCAGUGGAUACGUUUGUCACCUACGUGAUGACGCUGGAGGACCAUUACCAUGCCAAUGUGGCCUACCACAACAGCCUCCACGCCGCAGAUGUCACUCAGUCCACGCAUGUACUGCUGUCUACGCCAGCUCUAGAUGCCGUGUUCACUGAUUUAGAGAUUUUAGCUGCUUUAUUUGCUGCCGCCAUCCAUGAUGUGGACCAUCCAGGAGUGUCAAACCAGUUCCUAAUAAAUACCAAUUCCGAACUUGCUCUGAUGUACAACGACGAGUCAGUUUUGGAAAACCAUCACCUGGCAGUGGGCUUUAAGCUACUCCAUGAGGACAACUGUGACAUUUUCCAGAACCUCAGCAAGCGGCAGAGACAGAGCCUGAGAAAACUCGUUAUUGACAUGGUCUUGGCCACAGAUAUGUCCAAACACAUGAGCUUGCUAGCAGACCUCAAGACGAUGGUGGAAACCAAGAAAGUGACAAGCUCGGGGGUUCUGCUGCUGGACCACUACACUGAUCGAAUACAGGUCUUGCGGAACAUGGUGCACUGUGCCGACCUGAGCAAUCCCACCAAGCCCCUGGACGUGUACAGACAGUGGACGGAGAGAAUCAUGGAGGAGUUCUUCAGGCAAGGCGACAAGGAGAGGGAACGAGGGAUGGAGAUCAGCCCCAUGUGCGACAAGCACACCGCCUCUGUGGAAAAGAGUCAGGUGGGCUUCAUCGACUACAUCGUCCAUCCUCUGUGGGAGACCUGGGGCGAUCUGGUGCACCCUGACGCCCAGGACAUCCUAGAUACUCUGGAAGACAAUAGGGAUUGGUACCAGAGUACGAUCCCGCAGAGCCCAUCGCCUCCCCCCGUGUGCCAGGACAAGGAGCUCAACUCCUGUGUGGACAAGUUCCAGUUCGAGCUCACCCUCGACGACGGCUCUCAGGCCAAGGGCGACGUGGCAGCGUGCCCCAACUACGUGGAGCAGGACGGCGACCAAAGCGCCAAGGAGGAAGAGGAAGAAGACGUGCUGGCUGAAGAGGAGGAAAACGAGGACAUCAUCGAGGAGGAGGAGGAUGACGAGGAAGUGGCGAUGGAGGAAGAGGAGCAGGGCGAGGAGCGGAAAAGCGAACUGGAGGCCGAGUCGAAGAGGGAGAGACUUUCUGACACGAGUCCUGUAGAGGAAGAAGAGGAUUCCUCUUCACAAGCUGAUGAUACAUGA